AGACUUCCGUGAUCUUUUAGGGGUCUUUUUGAAAAUUUCCGACGAGCAUCCCUAGUACUUUUAUCCCGAAGUCCCCUCCCCGGGAAUAAUUGUUUCAUCAUUCCAGACAUUUUGAAAUAUAAUCAAUCAUUUAAUCAAUAGAUUCUGUCUCUKUCUGUAUGAAUAAUAUAUUUUAUGAAAAACGAAACAUGAUACAAGUUUAGCAUGUUUGAUUAAUUUUARUGAUAUUGACUUGUCCAAAUAAAGGCAGGGGAGGGCACCGCAUCCCAUGGCACCCUUCUUGGAUCCGCCAUUGAAGCUCAUCAUUUCAUCUCUUCACUGAUGUCGUUUUUUGACAUGUAUGUUUUAGGAAACAUGUAUGCUUUCAGUGUUGAUUGUUUGGAUGAUUAUUGCCUCUUACGAGUGAGCCCCAUCUAGACUUAAUUACACACUUUACAAAAUUAUGCAAGACGCUGUCUAUGAUUGUGAAUACUGCAAUCUUCAUUUCUUUUUUUAAUUGUUGUAUCUCGAUGAUAAUCGCGCUACGAAAUAGCCAAUGAUGAGCAAGUAAGUUCGUGUCCAUACUUGCAGURGGGACAGGGGGUCAGAAUGCUUGUGAUCGUUUCAGGGUACCCAGCAUGUGAUACUGGAUGGACGUCAUAUGGUAAAUCAUGUUACAAGUAUUUUAAUGAUCCAUUGAAUUGGGCUCAAGCAAAGAAUACAUGCGAGGCUAACGGGUCACAUUUGGUGACAUUCAACAGUGCUGAAGAGAAUGAGAUCAUCUAUAAAACAUUUGCCAAGGGAAAAACAUUGUGGAUCGGUCUUUAUCGAAAUCCCGUUUACUUCACAUGGGUUACAGAUGAACGUGUGCAGUAUACCAACUGGAUUUCUAUUCCUAGUACGGACAAUUUAGACGAGAAAUGCGUAGAAAUGACGGACUACAGUGUGUUUCAUGGAAAAUGGAAUGACAAUAGUUGUAAUGUGCAGAAUCAGGGAUUUAUAUGUGAAAAAGAUCACUACUUCACCGGCUUGUUUACCGUGAUAAAGGGCGUGGUCAUGGACGAUCAUGUGAUCAGCGAGGAUAAAUCACCAUCAGAUAUAGACUGUGUCAUUCGCUGCUUGCAAACUGUCCAGUGCAAAUCGGUUAACGUUUACACUCAUUAUUUGUUUCAUAUAUGUCAGUUAAAUGACGCUUCAAGUACAGAUAGUCCAUCUGAACUGACAAACGACGACAGGGCAAUAUAUUAUGAGAAAAUCCCCCAAUAGCCGGACCCUUUCCCUUCCUGCUUCAUCCUCCUCCUUUCUUUUGAAGCUUCUUUUCAGUGUUCUUAUGGCGUGGAUUUCUCGUCGGCUUUKUAUAGUCAUUUCCUAUUUCCACGCGUAUAUUCAUUUUGCAACACUUCUUUCAGUGRGACACGAGACUAUGAUAAUCUUACCUCAUUAUCUCUUGGUAUCAACCAAAAAUAGCAACGCUCAUCACCCAAUUAUAAAAAUAAAAGACGACAGGCCGAAAAGGGAAUAAAAGAACGGCAAUAUUGUUAAUAAGACAGACAAUCAAAGCAAUAAAACAAGCAAACUAACAAAUUAUAAAGAGUAAUAAUAUUCAUUAUAAAAAUAUUGCAAAAAAGACAAAAACGCAAAAAGGACAGGAAGAAAAAAAAAAUUAUAAAAAAUAAACAUUCAUGAGUCUCCAUAUGGGACUCGAACCCUUGCCUGAAACAUCGAAAAAGAUUGGGACGAUUCCCCCGAGACAUUCUGUGAAGCUGAGGCGUCGAAUCGAUUUACAUUCCGGUUAGA